UGACCAAUGGCUAACUUAACAGACUGUCCCUCAAUCGAUGAAUUCCGUAACCAAGUCUAUUCUACAGUGUACUCUAUCAUUACUGUCUUUGGACUGAUGGGCAAUGGCUUUGCACUGUACGUGCUUCUUCGUACCUACCGUCAGACUUCAGCCUUCCACAUUUACAUGCUGAACUUGGGUGUAUCAGACCUGCUGUGUGUCAGCACUCUGCCCCUCCGGGUGCUCUACUACAUCAACAAAGGGCAAUGGAACCUGGGGGACUUCCUCUGCCGGCUGAGUUCCUAUGCACUCUAUGUAAACCUCUACUGCAGUGUCUUCUUCAUGAUGGCUAUGAGUUUUACCCGCUUCCUAGCGAUCGUAUUCCCGGUGCAAAAUCUGAGGCUAGCCACAGAGAAGAAGGCAUGGAUAGUUUGUGUGUGCAUUUGGAUCUUCAUUUGCAUGACCAGUUCACCUUUUCUGCUCUCAGGUCAGCAUACUGACCCACUGACUAAUAAAACCAAGUGUUUUGAACCACCAGAAAAGCCAGGCAGCCUGGAUAAACUGAUCAUGCUCAAUUACUUUUCCCUGGUAGUGGGAUUUAUCAUCCCCUUCCUUGUCAUCUUACUGUGCUAUGCUGGCAUCUUGCGCACUCUACUUAGGAACACUAGUGGUGCAAACAAACAGCGUUACACUCGUAACAAAGCCAUUCGAUUAAUCAUUGUGGUGAUGCUGGCUUUCUUGAUCAGUUUUAUGCCCUAUCAUAUACAACGCACACUGCAUCUCCACUUCAAAAGCCGCAAAAGUGCAACCUGUGAGGAAGUCAAUUACAUGCAGAAGUCUGUGGUCAUCACGCUUUGCUUGGCUGCUGCCAACUCGUGCUUUGACCCGAUGCUCUACUUCUUCUCUGGAGAGAACUUUCGACACCGUCUAUCAACCUUUCGCAGGGCUUCUGGAAACGCCAUUUUACCACACAAGGGCCGUCAUCCUCUCCAAAGCUCCCCACCUGCGGAGGAUAGUGAACUGCAGAGCUGUAAUGGUUCAAACACACAUGGGUAGAGGAAAUGAACAUGUGUUAAAUAUAAAGACGAAAUUAAGCUUAUUCUUCAAAGCAGUUUUAAGAAGGUGAAGAAGGAAAAACAAUGAAGAAAAUCCUAUUUACUCCAUUCCAGUAUUAAAAGUAAAAACUACUCCGCAGAUUUUGUGCAUGACUUCGAUGAAGGAUGGGUAUCUAUUAUUAAUUCAUUAUUAUAUAAACUGACUCCAGUCUUUAGACAAUGUGUUUCCAAUAUGUAAAACAUGUUCUUAUGACAGCUUUUUGAGAUAUAUAAUAAUGUUAAUAAAUGUUGUAACUUCGUGUAAAUACUGUAUGUUGAAAAUAAAUGACCUAUUAUUAUGUUCUCAUCUGAAAUCAACUUCGAAAGGGGCAUAAAAGAAAGGAACAAAAGCAAUUUAUCAGGGAGCCAAAAAAGUUUGUUGUAUACAAUGCAGUUUUUUAUAAAUAUAUUAGUUAUCAA